AUGGGCUACCAGGGACAGCAGCCCGUCGUCCCGCCGCAGAGCAAUCUAGAUGACAGAGAAACCCUCGUUUCUGAACAUGAGCACAAAGGGAAAACUUGUCGUCAGUCGGCUGCUGUUUUUAAUGUUGUCAAUUCGAUUAUAGGAUCUGGUAUAAUAGGAUUGCCUUAUUCGAUGAAGCAAGCUGGCUUUCCUCUGGGAAUAUUGCUUUUAUUCUGGGUUUCAUAUGUUACAGACUUUUCCCUGGUUUUAUUGAUAAAAGGAGGGACUCUCUCUGGAACAGACACUUACCAGUCUUUGGUCAAUAAAACCUUCGGCUUUCCAGGGUAUCUCCUCCUCUCAGUUCUACAGUUUUUGUAUCCUUUUAUAGCUAUGAUAAGUUACAACAUAAUAACUGGAGAUACUUUGAGCAAAGUUUUCCAAAGAAUCCCAGGAGUUGAUCCUGAAAACGUAUUUAUUGGUCGCCACUUCAUUAUUGUGCUUUCCACGGUUGCCUUUACUCUGCCUUUGUCUUUGUACCGAGAAAUAGCAAAGCUUGGAAAGAUCUCUCUUAUUUCUACAGUUUUAACAACUCUGAUUCUUGGAAUUGUAAUGGCAAGGGUAGUUUCACUGGGUCCGUACAUACCAAAAACAGAAGAUGCCUGGGUAUUUGCAAAGCCCAACGCCAUUCAGGCUGUUGGUGUUAUGUCGUUUGCAUUUAUUUGCCACCAUAACUGCUUCUUAGUUUAUGGUUCUUUGGAAGAACCCACAGUAGCUAAGUGGUCGCGCAUCAUCCAUGUGUCCACCUUGGUUUCUGUAUUUAUCAGUAUUCUCUUUGCUACAUGUGGCUACUUGACAUUUACUGGCUUCACACAAGGAGACUUAUUUGAAAAUUAUUGCAGAAAUGAUGACCUGGUAACAUUUGGAAGGUUUUGUUAUGGAGUCACAGUCAUUUUGACAUACCCAAUUGAAUGCUUUGUGACUAGAGAGGUAAUUGCUAAUGUGUUUUUUGGCGGGACUCUUUCAUCAGUUUUCCACAUUAUUGUAACAGUGGUUAUCAUUACUGUUGCCACACUUGUGUCAUUGCUGAUUGAUUGCCUUGGAAUAGUUUUAGAACUCAAUGGUGUCCUCUGUGCGGCUCCUUUAAUUUUUAUCAUUCCAUCAGCAUGUUAUCUGAAACUGUCUGAAGAACCAAGGACCCACUCAGAUAAGAUUAUGUCCUGUGUCAUGCUUCCCAUUGGUGCUGUGGUGAUGGUCGUUGGAUUCAUCAUGGCCGUCACAAACCCUCAAGACUGCACUCACGGGCAGGAAAUGUUCUAUUGCUUUCCUGACAAUUUCUCCUUCACAAACAUCUCAGUUUCUCAUUUUCAGCUGACAACACAACUUUCAGUUUUAAACAUCAGUAUCUGUCAGUGA